CCAAGCUUGACUCGUACAUGUGACUCCAGUCCUUGCUAAUCGUCACGUACACAUUUUCAAUUUUCACAGUCAAUGAAUGAACUUUCAAUAAUUUAGAUUUAUAGUGUAGCGAAAUUCCUUUAUUAUUAGUUUAGGCGCCAUAUUUUUUAAACAAUACUUUUGUUUCGGGUCAGGUUUAUGUUCAUGAAAGUCCCUUCUACGAAAUUGUGUGUCCUCACAUUCAGCCGCAACCGAAAGCUCUCGCCUCCAGCCUGGGUUAGGCUAGGGGGUACUUUAAUUUGAAUUUAGAAUUUGCGCGGACAGUACCACGACCACAGUACAGUACGUACACGAACACGAGGUAUAAACAGACCGGUGAAAUAUGUGUAUCAAAAUUUUUUAAAUAAAUAAUAAAUAGCGUUGGUAGGUUCAAAAUAUUGGAGAACAGACAUUAUUGGUACUUGGUGGUGUGAGUUAGUUUUGUUACAUUUAAUAUACAAUUAUUUUUGAAAUAUGGCUAAAAAUAUGGACGAACAAUUUAAAAGGAAAAAAUCUGUGUUGGAUGUGAUGAUUUUGACACCGUUUAAGGAAAGGGUUCCAAAGAUUGGAGUUCGACAUGUCCAGGCAUUGCUCAUGUUCUUCUACAUGCUGGUAACAAUGCUGACUAGAUCCACAAUGUCGAUAGCUGUAGUAGCAAUGACUGACAAUUCAACAUCGACAAAUCCAGAUAUUGUUUACUACGACUGGACCAACAACAAUAUAAUCCUUUCAUCGUUCUAUUGGACUUACAUAAUUCUUCAGCCAUUUUCUGGAUACUUCUUCAAACAGUUUGGACUGAGGCGAUGUCUACUGGGAACAAUGAUUCUUAACGGGAUUGCAUUUACUUUGAUACCAUCGGCAGCUGCUGGCUUCGGGUACAUGGGUGUUAUCGCUUGUCGCAUGAUACAGGGACUGCUACAGGGGUUUACUUUUCCAGCCUGUCAUGCAGCUUUGGGACUCUGGGCUCCAGUUAAUGAGAGGUCUAAACUGACCGUACUUAUUUAUUCAGGUAGCAAUGUUGGAGUAAUGUUGGCAAUGCUAAUAACAGGUUACAUAUCCUCAUCUCUAUAUGGCUGGCCUUUGGUUUUUUAUCUUUUUGGAACUACAGCACUAUUAUGGUGCAUAGCUUGGUUUUUAUUGGGAUUUGAUAGUCCAGCUAAACAUCCAAGGAUAAGUGAAGCUGAAAAGCAUUAUAUUAUGGAAUCGCUUGAGCAUUGUGAAAAUGAAUUGACAGACUCUAAUUUACCAAUCAAACAAAUAUUAACAUCAUUGCCUUUCUGGGCGCUGGCAAUUUGUAAUAUCGGUAACACUUGGGGAAAUACUGUAUUUGAUUUGGAAGUUCCCAUGUACAUUAGUAAAGUGUUAGGUUUUGAUAUGAAUGCAAAUGGAAUGUUAUCAGCUCUUCCUCAGUUAACUCAGCUAUGUCUCUCAUUAAUUUUUGCUCCUGUUGUUGAUUACAUAGUUGAUAGGAAGGUGCUUUCCCUGAUGAACUGCAGGAGGCUAUGCCAAGUAUUAGGUUCCUUAGUUCCUGCGGCUAUGCUUAUUUGGCUUGCAUUUAUUGAUAAAUCUCAAACCGUCUUAGUUAUAGUAUUGUUAAAUGUGAUAAUAGGAUUAACAGUGUUUCUGUAUAAUGCAUCCUACAUAAACCACGUCGAUAUAUCCCCAAAAUAUGCUGGUCUUAUGCUAGGAAUGGAAAAUAGCAUAUCGCAAAUGGUAGGACUUACAGGACCUAUAUUUGUGCAGUAUGUUGUUACAGACUUGAGUGAUAUUUAUCUCUGGAGAUACGUAUUCCUGUGUAUAUCUGUGAUAACAGCCGUGACAGCAUUAAUUUUUAUGGUGUUUGGAUCAGCCGAGAUACAAUGGUGGAAUUCAUGGCAAAGUUCUUCGACUGAAAAUGUUCGAGAUCCUUUGAAUGAAGAAACAGAUUUAGAAAAUAAAGUUUGAUAUUGAAAAAAUAAUGGGUUUUAUUUGAAUCCUGGGGAUGAUGCAAGGAAAUGUGAUGUUGGGUUUCCAGCAUUAUUUAGGAUUUCCGACAAAUCUGCUCUAUGCCUAUCUGAAAACAGCUUAGAGAGAAAUGCCCAACCAAGACCAAGUUAGUCACCAUGCAACAAAGUGUAUGGGUAUGGGUUGGCCACUGGUGAGAGGAGCUUUCCAG